UGGUGGAUGUAGGUUUCUGUUGCAUGCAGGAGAAUCGAGGCAGGGAGCAGGCAUGAUGCCGGGCCUGCGUGGGCUGCCGGGGUUUCUGUGGAGAGACGGCCGCGUUGCUGCGCUUUGCCACGCACGGAGGGACCCUGCCCCCCGUCUAGCCUGAGGGUGUCUCACAGGAUUUCCAUCCUAUUUCUUCUUGCUUUUCAUCCUCAUAUCUCAUGAGCAUCCUUUAUCACAGUCGUAAGAUUUCCCUGUACUUGACAAAUUAACUGGAUUUUUAAUAACCUGACAGACCAAAAAAAGCGAUUUUUAUGGGCAGUUGGGUGCUUUGACCAUUUGUGAUUUUCAGUGCUCUGCAAAGCAGGAUUAAUUAAACAGCCCCGUGAAGACUAAUUUGCCAUCAUUAGGAGUGUGGACAGGAAGGAGGACAGGUGGUGCGUCCCUUUAAAUACCUUUCAACCCUCCCUCCCUCUUCGCUGCAGGUACAGAUGUGGGAAGGAUAUUUUUUUCCACUUAUCUCCUUUGGAUUUCACUGUCUUUUUGACGGGACUGGAGAAACAGAAGGGAAGAAGUGCUGAAGUCUGUUGCUCUGGUUUGGUGACUGACAAAGAGAUUUAUUUCUCAUUUUGUGUCUGUCUUGUGGCAUUUCCAAACCAUCUCCUUCUUUUUCUGUCCCUUUGAGUACACAACCCAUUUGCAUUGCCUGCAUGUUUCACAUGAACUGUUAGUAGUGGUUAGGUGAGGGUUUGGCACUAACUCAUCCUUUUCUGUUCAGGAGAAAGAUAACAGUGGGUGAGAGGUGGGUAAUUUUUUUGUUGGUUUAGCACUUGAUGUGUCUCACACAAACACACAUGCACACAAAUGUACAAAUGCAGUUUUACUUCUGUAGUGACUGACAAUUCACGGUUUCUUAACCUUUUAAUGUCUGUGUGUAUGAGAGGAUAAAAUCUAAUAAGAGCAGUAGCAGAUCGCUUAGUGUCACACUGAAGGAAAGACCUGAAUGAGGCUUAAUCCAGCACCUGUUUGCUACAAAGGUGGAAAAGGAGAUUGUUCUCACUGAUAUCCUGACUAUUUGGGUUUUUUGAAGGCUUAAGAUUACACUCUCAGGUUCGGGUGCUGAGGCAUUGCACAAGACAAAUAGAGACAUAUACUUUAUUCUGAUUUACACUCUUUUACGUGGAUUGAAAUAUAAAUGCCAGUGCAGAUUAGAAAGUUAAAACUGUGGUUUUGCAAUAGAUUUAAAAUGAGGCAUUGUGGGUAAUAAAUACAUGAGUCAAAAGAAAAGUCAGAACAGACAUAUUGCACAUAAACUAUCACUGAGGUAAAUUCAGAUUUUACAGGUAAAAGAAAGAUCACAAAGGAAGCAAAAUAAAUCUUUUUUUUUGUUUGUGUUAUUCUGUGAUUAGAAGCAGACACAUACAUGGUUCUUUUAAAAUAUUCUGUUAGUUCUUUCAGAUAAGGGAUUGUUUUAAGCCUCCUGGAUCAAUGUCAUGACUUGGGUGUGCAUUGUGUUUCCCUGGUAAGCAGAAAUCAAGUGGCAGGCUUUCCUAUUUAGCCCGAGAUAACGGAUUUUACAUCAUGACAGCCACACGUAGCAAGUGCUUAUUUUGUUAUGACCAUAUAUUUUCCUGGAUUUCGAUUCUGUCAUUGACAGAUUGAAUAAUUCAUAGAGGUUCUAGCUGAUGGGUUUUUGGCUGAUUAAACUGACGCAUACAAGCUACAAGUUAAACCGUGAUUCAAUUACAGUGAGGGCAAUAAGUCACUGCUGCAAAUAUGAAAUGUACACUUCAUCUGGAAUAUUGAUUUGGGAAACAUCCAGUUAAACAUAUGUAAGCACUGGAGCAGAGGACUGAGCAGGUCCAACAGCACAGUGAAUGGCAGUGGGACAGAACUUAAAUCUAUACUAACCUUAAAUAAAGUAAAUGCCUUUUUGACUGUGAUCAUGUAAAGUAAUGCUUAAAUUCAAGCGCUAUAAGGAUUUUAACCCUUGUACUGAGAGAAAAACGUAUAGAUGUUAAACAGCUAUUGAUUCACCUGAUUAAUUGGUCUAAUUAAAGAUUAAAAGGAGCCGUCGCAACAGUGACUCCGGAACGUGAACAAAAAAAAAGAAUGUGAGGUUAUAUGAAAAUUUUGUAGUAUUUUUAGCAAAUGAAGCAGCGGGUGAAGAACAAACGUUUGACGGAUUGUUUCUCUGUUGAUUUACUCUUAAUCCGACAGAGGAAAUCCAAACAGUGGCUGUCUGUUUGCAGAAAGCCGUCACUAAGGCGCUAAAUGAAAAAAUCACUCCGUCCUGCAAAUCGCUAGUGUGUUCAGAUAAGGGUACAGUCUACUGUAGAAAGACAUUAUUAUUAUAUGUAAUUGUAAAGGAAUGUGAAUAUUUUGUUUGCCAGAUUGUAAGGGUCCAAAGACCAAAUGUAUUUCAUUAAAAAGUAUAUGAACGAGCAUUGAAAGUCUUAAAUGGUCACAUCUGAAUAAGCAUAUGACCUUUGGGGAAUGGAGCGGGGACUGUGGGAAAUGUAAAUAAGUAAAGCGCUGCCUGAUUUGCGAGCCCACGUGUGUCUCAGUCUGAAUCCACCUCUCCCAUAGCCUCACUCUUUCAUUUUCUCAUCCAUAAAUUUCUCUACACUUUUUUCAAACCAAAGCCGGCAAACAGACCUCUAAAGCGAAUUAAACGCAGAUCCACAGGGGUGAAAUGCAAGCAAAGUAUUGCUGUGUUUAGUCGACGUCGCGCAGACACAUAGACCGUGACAAUGCUGGAGCACCUGCCAGCUAAAGAUCUAAUUCUCAUUAACUGCAUCUGUCUCUCAUAUCUUGUAUUUAGAGAAGUAUUUGUCUUUAAAUUUAAGUUCCAGGAUUAGUUAAGACACCAGCUAAGGGACUGGGAAUCUAACACAGAAUUACAGUUUCCAGUAUGUUAAUUAAUAUGCAGAUUACGUGAACAGUUUUCAAAACAAUUUGAAUUUGAUGAUUAUUCCUCGGUAAGAAACAAGACAGAAGUGGGUGUCAGAGGACAGAAGAUGGAGAAAGGUGGAGGACAAUAACAAGGACAAUAGCAAAUCAGCUUCGGUGGGAUAUUGUUUAAUCUUGGGGUGCAGAUAAACUCACACAUCACACCCCUGCAGUUGUGACCCGGCUUCCGGGAGAGAUUUACAGUGCACAACUGGAUUACAUGAAGGCCUGGACAUUUAAUGGACUUUAAUGAGUGAAUUGGAGGACUCUUGUCUCUGAAGAGGACGAAAGCAGAGGCUUCAUAUCUCUAGUCUGGCUUGGACUGCACUGGCUUCAAGGGACAAUGGGGUGCAACAUGUGUGUGAUGCAGAAGCCGGAGGAGCAGUACAGAGUCAUGUUCCAGGUUAACGGGAAGGAGCUGUCCCGGCUGUCUCAGGAGCGGCCCGCUGGGAGCCUACGUGCCAUUCGGGACCCUCUCCUCAUCCAGGUGGUACGCAGGGGGCCUAGGAGAAAAGGUGGCAGCGGGGGGCCGAUGGCCAUCACCGGGGCGGCGAUGGUGAGCGACUGUGCGGACAGCAGCACCCAGACCGACAUCAGCUUCCAGCACAUGCCGAGUGUGGGGAGGGCAGGUCACUCCCGCGCUGGGCCCCCACUGCCUCCUCCUUCUCCUCCACUCCAUCCUGUCCUGGAGCCAUACCUGCUGAACGAGCUUCCCCCCCUACAGCAGGACUACUAUGACCCCAAUGACUACUUUGACAGCUCUCAUCACGAGGUUGACAGACAGGAUGAGUUUGAAUAUGAGGAGGUAGAGCUGUACAAGUCCUGUCAACAGGACAAGUUGGGAUUGACUGUGUGCUACCGCACUGACGACGAGGAGGAUCUGGGGAUAUAUGUUGGAGAGGUCAAUCCCAAUAGCAUAGCUGCAAAGGACGGUCGUAUCCGAGAAGGAGAUCGAAUACUGCAGAUCAAUGGAGUCGAGAUACAAAACAGGGAGGAGGCAGUAGCGAUCUUGACCCGAGAGGACAGCACCAACAUCUCCCUGCUGCUCGCUCGGCCCGACAUGGAGAAUGACACCCAGUUAGAUCCAGAUGAGCUGAACUUGGACAAGCAAGCUGCAAUGAGCGUGGAAGACCAAGACCUAGACAACACGGCCCACCUGGCCAGCCCGCAAAGGCUGAGAAAAACCGGCAUACACCGGGACGGGGGGCAGCUGAGUCGGUGUGGCGAGGUGGUGGGGUGCAGCUGGAGCCCCUGCAGGGAGGUGGCAGCCCUGAGCCCCAAUCCCCUCAGCAACAGCCAGGAGCUGGACAGCGGUGUUGGACGCACGGACGAGAGCACCAGGAAUGAGGAGUCCUCAGAGCAUGACCUCCUGGGGGACGACCACACCAGUACCUCCAACACGAAUGCCACUAACACGCCGGGAAGCAUGCGCAAGUUUAUUUGCAGCAGGGGGGACACCCCACCCCUGCUUCACUCUCGGGAGCUUCACUUCAGCACAGACUCGCUUCUGGGGCUGGAGGGCGGAGGUGGGGGAGGCUACAGCCACGAUCCGGCACUGAUGAUGCCGGGGCUGACCGAGGAGGAGUGCGAGAGGUACCGCGAGCUCCUGGAGAUCAAGUGUCACUAUGAGAAGAACGGGAAUGCGCUGCUGAUGCUAGGUCGCGGGGCAGGGGUGGGUGGGGGCGGUGCGGGGGUAGCGGGCAGGCUGGAUGUCAACCGCAACGAGAGCCUGGUGCAGCACGAGAUGGCUUUGCUGGAGGAGGAGCUGCGGCACCUAGAGUUCAAGUGCCGCAACAUCCUGCGAGCGCAGAAGAUGCAGCAGCUGCGCGAGAGGUGUAUGAAGGCCUGGCUGCUGGAGGCAGCGGUAGCGGGCAGGGCCCACGGAGCCACUGAGCCAGGGGUCGCCGAGGACCCCUCACACCACGAGCUGUCUGAUAUUACGGAGGUGCCGGAACGGGAGCGCUCGGACAAGGAGAGCAGCAGCGCAUACAACACAGGUGGCGAGAGCUGCCGCAGCACGCCCUUAGCGAGCGAACUGCUCACCCCCCACUGCACCCAUGAGGACGAGCCCCGGGACCUUUCAGCCAGCGGCAGGCCCACGGAGAUGACGGGCCAGGCCAGCAACCUUAACCAUUCCUAUUUGUUCAGCCUGAACAGCAGGAGGGCUACUCAGGAAGGUAACGAGAACGUGACCAAGUUCCGAUCUCUGUCCCAGGAAGACAGUGCUAGGAGGGGUUCUGAAGUGGGACUGAGGAGGAGCCUCAAGGGCAGCGGGACGAUGGACAGGCGGGGUGGGCGCAGCGCCGACAACAGCCCCUACUUCUCCCGGCGUCAGCAUGUGGCCAAACCGCUGGCACGCUAUCAGAGCUGCGUGCAGCUGAGGUCCCCUUCGGCCCCCAUGGACCUCACGGUGGAGGGCGAGGAGGCCACAGCCGAGGAGGAACAUGAUGGCCAUCUCACCCCAAACCUGCUGCGCACCAGCGCAGAGGGCGUGGACAGUAGGCGGGUCCUGCCGUCGUUAGCCCCGCCCCCCGUGUCCCCGCGCAUGGAGUGGAAGGUGAAGGUGCGCAGCGACGGCUCGCGCUACGUCGCCAAGCGGCCCGUGAGGGACCGGCUGCUGAAGGCGCGGGCCAUGAAGAUCCGUGAGGAGCGCAGCGGCACCACGACGGACGACGACGCCGUCAGCGAGAUGAAGAUGGGCCGCUACUGGAGCAAGGAGGAGCGCAAGCAGCAGCUGAUGCGUGCCCGCGAGUACCGGCGCCGCCGUGAAUUCAUGAUGCAGAGCCGCCUGGAGUGCCUACGCGAGCAGCAGGGCGCUGCCGGCGCCGACCGGGGCAGCCAGCAGGGGGCGCCGCAGGAGGCCAGCAUUCUGGAGCUCAGUCAACGAAAGAGUAUGAAGAAACGCAGCAGGAGGAUCCUGGACAACUGGAUCACCAUCCAAGAGCUUCUAGCUCACGGCAGCCGCUCCGCGGAUGGAAAGAAAGUAUACAACCCUCUCCUGUCGGUGACUACUGUGUGAGAAAGGAAGGAAGUAUGCAGAGAGACAUGAUAGAUGAUAGACUACAAGGAGGACAGGCAAUCUGCGUAAGGGGCAGGUGCAGCUCUAGAGCAGACAUGCUGUUGGGGUAGAACAGACUGACAGUAUGGUGGUGACUCAUAAAGAAGGACAGUUACUGGCCUUAAAAAUUAAGCAUUUGAUUACCACUGUGUUCUAUCUGUUACCCGGGCAACCAAUCAACCACUUACGGAUACAUUUAUCCGAGGAGGUAAGAUAAAUCUCCAGAGGGGCUGGCGGAGGAGCUCAGUGAUGUGCACACACAGUGCGGAGGACCCAGGGACACAGCCAGAGCCCUAUAAGCAUCGUAGCUGAUUAACAUGCAUCGCAGGCUAAAAGCACAACCUGAUCGUAUUUACUACAGAACGUCACAUGUGAAUUACCAUUACCGUCUUGCUAUUAAUAUUGAGAUGAUAGUCAAGCCUUCAGCAAGAAAUUUAAAUGAUGACUAGAGCACACAGGGACUCUGGGGGCGUUACAGACUCCUGACAGUGACUUCUGAUCUGAUUAGGAUUCUGUACCUGGCUGCAUAUCAGUGUAGCUUAAUGUCUUUAUGGCAAGCUAACGGGCCAAAUCGGCCCUUUCGUGAGAAAAUAAGCAAAACAGGAAGGAAAAGGACCAUGGUCCACUUUACGUAAGGAAGCAGGUGCUUAGACCUUAAAUCUUUAAAGUUUACAAUCAUUUAAGACUGUGGAGAACUCAAGAAAUAUGAUUAUUCCAGGGAUAGAGAUGUGUGACACCAUAUGAGCAUUAAGUGAGACACUUAGUGGACUAUAUGUGUGUGAUGUCCCAAUUACUUAAUGGUCAUAUGAUGUCAUAGGGUGGUACGCUUAUCUGUCUGUGUUAUCUAAGCGGUUUAUGACAUAAUCUUUAACUAGAAAUCUGAACUGUUUCUACAUUUUAUUCAGUCUUUUACCUGAAACUUUGUGCACAAAAUUAAAGUGAAAGGUUUUGUAAUAGCACAUGCGAGACCCCAAUAUCCUGCUACUUUGUGCCUCUUUCUGUACAUUAAAUUAUUAGAUCAUUUACGACAAAGGACUCAAUACGUCACGACAAAGACACAUACGUUUUUGAACCAGUUGGGCUCUGCUGGUUUAUCAUCAAGCUUCAAACGCCUUAAAAAUACUCCAAGUUAGUGUUUCCCAACCUGGUCCUUGGGCACCAAAAAUGUGGUUAAUCUGGCAGGGAGCUGGAAUGGAGAAAUAGCUUGGACUUCCUGGGGCUCCCAGAGGACCAGGCUGGGAAGUGCCGGUCUAAGUCUAUACUCAACUCAUGAGAACCCAUUUCCCUUCUGAUUUAUGACGAUGACCAUUUACAUCCCUGAGGAAACCAUUUACCAGCUCGACUGGUAGCCAGGCAAAGACAGCAGACUGUGCUCCACAAAGUAAAGGCACAAUAGUAGGUAAGGUAAACACUGACGUAAAAGCACAGUGACCUUGGCAAGGGAAGCACACAACAGCUACUCACGGGAGAGACAAGCAGACGGCAGACAGACUCAGGGGGAUGACAGCUUGUGUUGUCAGCAAAUAGCAGGAUAAAAGACCCCAAACCUGCCAGGCGGAACACAUUCAAAUAUCAUUCAUUUUCUUGCAUUGCCAGAAUAUCAGAAGUGUGAACCACCGUUUAGAACAAAAACACAAGAGAGAAAGAGUUCAAUGUAGAGAAAUUUCCCUGUAAGUGACUUGCAUGGUAUUAAUGUUUAGCACAAAGUAAGCUUUGGGGUGCGGGGGGGGGUAAAUGCCUUGUAUAUACUUUUAAAUUCUGCUAUGUGCUGCUGAGGAAUUUGUGCGUCGUCUAUUUUGUCAGCGUUUGUGUGUACGUUUGUGUGUAUGACUGAACAUCCCCUGUUUUAUUUAGGAAAAGGAAAGUAGUAUCAACGGUUGUUCAAAGUGAAAAUAUUACUCGUGAUGUUGAUAAAUGUUCUGCUACAAGAAGCAUUUUAAAAUAAAGCCUUUUUAUAUGCACAU